AUGAGCCAAGCGACGCUAACACAUGAGCAAGGAUCCCCCCCUGUGGUCUCCAAGGGCUACAAGGCCAAGGGCGCUUACCAAACCAUCAAUGGCUUGAACACCUAUGUCACGGGCCCCGAGUCCGCGAAGAAGGCUAUCCUGGUCAUUUUUGACAUCUUCGGCUUCUUCGACCAGACUCUCCAGGGCGCCGAUAUCCUGGCCACCUCAAGCGAGCAGAAAUACCGCGUCUUCAUGCCCGACUUUUUCGAGGGCAAACCCGCAGACAUCUCCUGGUACCCUCCGACCACCGAGGAGCACAAGCAGAAGCUCGGCGACUUCUUCAACACCCAGGCUGCCCCGCCCAAGAUCCUCCCCCAGAUCCCCGGCGUCGUAGAGGAGGCCAACAAGCUCGCCUCGGGAGGCAAGUUCGACUCCUGGUCGAUUCUGGGAUACUGCUGGGGCGGUAAGAUCGCCACGCUCACGGUCGGCAGCGACAAUAACCUCUUCAAGGCUGGUGCGCAGGCUCACCCUGCGAUGGUCGACCCCAAUGACGCGAAGGCGAUCCGCGUCCCCUUUGCGACCUUGGCAUCUCAAGACGAGCCUCAAGCGGACGUCGACGCCUUCAAGGCCAACCUGCAGGUCCCCAACCACGUUGAGACUUUCCCAACCCAGAUCCACGGCUGGAUGGCUGCUCGCGCCAACCUGGAAGACCCCGAGGUGGUCAAGGAGUACGAGCGGGGCUAUAAGACCCUGCUUGACUUCUUCCAGAAGCACGCAUAG